UACAAGCUACAAUCAAUUCACUUGCUCAUGUCCGUAUUUUGGGUUCACCACUCGACAUUAGGCGUGUUCUCUGCCACAUGGCUGCUUACAUAAGGGAAUCACGACAGCUGGCGUGUGGGCUGGCGUGUGGGGGUCCACUGGACUCGUAGCCUGAGCUGCGCAUAGGUAACUAACCUGUCGAGACGGCCUCAAUGACCUGCCCAGCUAUCUCCUCAGCUUCAGUACGCGCCUGACAACCGCGGGGCCACAACGUGACCGCAUAGGACGCAGGAUUUCUCAGAGAUGAGUAUUCUGUAAUUGUGUUUGAAGCUCCUCGCGAUUCAUUGCGAUCAUGGCGACUGUGCGUAUCUGUGUGUGCGGCGAUGAAUCCACGGGGAAGUCCAGCCUCAUUGCGUCUCUCGUCAAGGACCAGUUCAUGACCAACAAGAUCCAACCCGUCCUCCCCCAGAUCACCAUCCCACCGAGCAUAGGCACUCCCGAGAGUGUCACCACCAUCAUCGUCGACACGUCGGCGCGCCCGCAAGAUCGCACGACCUUGCGCAAGGAAAUACGAAAAUGCAACAUCAUCCUCCUGAUAUACGCCGACCACUACAGCUAUGAGCGCGUCGCUCUCUUCUGGAUGCCGUACUUCAGGUCUCUGGGCGUCAAUGUGCCGGUCGUCCUCUGCGCCAACAAGUCCGAUCUCGUAGGCCAAGGCCCCACGCCCCAGGUUGUGGAGGAAGAGAUGAUGCCGGUGAUGGCAGAGUUCCGAGAGAUCGACUCUUGCAUACGAACAAGCGCCCGCGAACAUCGCAACGUCAACGAAGUGUUCUUUCUCUGCCAAAAGGCCGUCACGCAUCCCAUCGCACCACUAUACGACUACAAAGAGGGGGUACUCAAGCCUGCCUGUGUGGCGGCUUUGAAAAGGAUAUUCUAUCUGUGUGAUAAGGACCAGGAUGGCUACCUCAAUGACGAGGAAAUGCGUGCCUUUCAGUCAAAGUGCUUCGACAAACCAUUGACCGAUGACGACCUGGCGAACAUCAAGACCUCGAUCUCGAAAAUGUCGCCUCCCUCCGCCACAGAGCCUGGGAUCGACCAGGCUGGAUUCUUGCAGCUCAACAAGAUCUAUGCCGAGAAGGGCCGACACGAGACCAUAUGGAUCAUCCUUCGCAAGUACCAUUACACCAACAGCUUGAGCCUCGACGAGAAGUUCCUGCAUCCCAAGCUCGACGUUCCCGAGUUUUCAUCAGCAGAAUUGAGCCCCGCUGGUUACCGGUUCUUCGUCGACCUUUUCCUGCUCUUUGACAAGGAUAAUGAUGGAGGUCUUAGCGAUGAUGAACUGCGUGCUCUCUUUGCGCCAACCACUGGUCUGCCGCUUUUCUGGGUCGAAUCGCUCUUCCCGUCAUCUACAGUCCGCAACGACGCUGGCCAUGUGACCUUGCAAGGUUGGCUGGCCCAGUGGAGCAUGACAACCUUCCUCGAGCCAAAGACCACUAUUGAAUACCUGGCCUAUCUCGGAUUCGAGCCGCCGAACCCAAAGGAGUCUCUGACCGCGGCGCUCAAGAUCACAAAAUCUCGCAAGAGGCGGAGGCGUCCCGGACGCGUGGAGCGAAACGUGGUCAUGUGCUACGUCCUGGGCGCUCCCGGCUCAGGCAAAUCAUCCUUGCUCAAUGCCUUCCUCAACCGACCGUAUGAGCCCUUACACUAUCCUACCAUCAAGCCACGCCGCGCCGUGAACAGCGUUGAACUUCCCGGGGGCCGUCAAGUAUACCUCAUCCUCGAGGAGCUCGGCGAGCUCGAGCCAGCGAUUCUGGAGAACAAGACCAAGCUGGAUGCGUGCGACCUUCUCUGUUACGCAUACGACUCGUCCGACCCCGACUCCUUUUCGCACAUUGUCGAGAUGCGCGCCAAGCACCCGCAUCUGGAUGAGCUGCCAUCCAUCUACACCGGCCUCAAGGCAGACAAGGACAAAACAACUCAACGCAGCGAGCUGCAGCCCGACGAGUACACAGCCUCGCUCAACAUGAGCCACCCACUGCACGUCAGCGUGACCUGGAACAGCAUCAGUGAGCUCUUUGUGGCGUUGGCAGACGCGGCAACCAACCCGAGCAGUGCGUUCCCCAAAACCGAGGAAGACGCCACGGACCGGACGAGCCUGUACAUGGCUCUUGGUGCCACAGCGUGUGCAGGCGUUGCCGCGUUGAUGAUCUGGCGACGAUCGACCAACUCGGCAUGAUGAUUGCCUCUCUCCUUUUUUUCUCCCAUUCUUACCAGCAUGACUGCUUUUACCUUUGUCACAAUCCUUUGUAAUGCGUCCUUUUGCUUCGGGCUGUCUAUUCUUGGGGAGAGAAACCAUUCAUGGAUCAGGAGUCGUCAUUCAUUUUGAAACGCUGCAGUCAGCGAGCCCGGAUACCCACGAUACCCAACUCCAUCCUUACCGUCGUUUGCGCAUUAGUCACAUGGAUAGUAAAUGGGAUAUCAAGAAACAAUAA